GAGGCGCACAACGCGCACAUAGAGCGUGGAAACCGAACGGUGCGGUGCGCGAACAAAUCCCCGCCGAUAUUUAGUCAUCUAAUUACCUAAAACGAGAGGAAUAAACAGUUAAUACGAAAAAAACGUAAUUUUACAUGGAUUGUGCAAUAAAUCGCAAGAAAUCGCUAUAAAUCAUCAAAUAACCCACAGAAUACAUCAAUUGACAUCAAAUAGUGAAGUUGAAAUGUUAAAACAAGUUAAAACAAAUUAAAUAAAUCGUUUUUGGUUAAAUUUGUGCAAAAAUUAACAAAUUAUUAAUAAAUUAAUAAAAAAACGUGCAAAACAAUUAAUAUUUUGGAAUAUUACUUCAUUUUUUUAUAAAUAUGGACAAUAUGGACGAUGAUGAACAACGUACAAUGACGAGGUUCAUGCAAAUGAUAAAUGAUCUACGGUCCAGUGACCGCAAACACAUUGAUUUCGGUGAUAAUUUGUUUCGUCUCACUGAUGUCACAACAACAGCGCCACCUAUAGAUCUAUUUCCCGAACGUGAUGAUUCCUGGUCGAUAAUUUGGUACAUCGCGUCAUUUAGCGGCUUAAUCGCAUUCUUCCUCAUUGUUUCUUGCUCAGAAUGGUGUUGUAGACUACAUGUACGUGGCCCCGCCCAACCACCAGCCUCCACAACCGUCCGGCCCACAUCUUCAUCACAUGGAUCACAAGCGACGAGUUUUCAAAUUCAAGAAACUCCUCCUCCUGCUUAUGAUCUAUUUGCGCCACCUAGUUAUGAAAGUGUGCGUCGCGCAAGCGCAGUAGGCGGUGCUAAUACUUCACAGUAUGAGAAAAGUGAAUUUGAUGUUUAUGUUGUGCCUGUGCAUGCAAUAUGCAUGCUACAAUCAGAACCUGUUGUGGAUAACACCAGAGGGCACUGUCAUACAGUGGAAGAUGAUCCACCGAGUUAUAUUUCUGUACAAAUGACUACUAACACAGAUUCGACAAGCUAGCAAAUGAGAAAAGGGAUUGGCGAUGGUGACGCCAUCUGAAUUUGUGCUUCCGAAGCUUAUAACCUAUGUAUCUGUGAGAUAUAUGACUGUGAGGUUACGUUUUGCUUCUCCGAUUGUUCAGGAAGAGUCAAAGACUGCAAUUUAGAUCUUAAAAUAUAAAUAUUACAUUAUUACUAUUAGAAAAUGAUUUUCUAGCCUUAUAUUUUGUGUAAAUACCAAGAAUUUGAAGGUUUUAAUUAAUAAAAUUUGAUUUAUAUGA